AUGGUGUUUCAGCUGAUCUUAUCUUCGGGGAAAGUGAAGUGUCCCGUGAUUUUUUACACACCGAUGAUAGAUGACUAUUAUCAUCCCGGCCAAGACUAUGGGGUGGUAGUGACGGGGAUAGAGGUUCAGGGUCAAAAGCUUGCGGAGACGAGUUUCCCUAUUAAAAUGGUUAUUGACUCAGGGGCGACCACAACUGAUCUUCCGGAUCCAAUAUACAUUGCAUUGGAAAAACUGUUCCUUGGUUAUGCUAAUGCAAUGGGUUGGGGAUCGCCCUAUAGGAUUCUUGGCAGGCGUCCAUGUUACAAGGUAAUCGAGGAUGAUAUCGCCGACUCACCAACUGUUACUUUCACCUUCAACGGGAGUGACGCUAAAAUGCUGUUAUUGCCGUAUAGCAUAUGGAGUUAUGUCCCGGAUGUCAAAGCAGUUUGUUUCGGGUUUGGUUCUGCAUCAAAAAAUGGUGGCGUGAACAUCAUAGGGAAUAUAUUUCAGCAGCACACAAGGAUCGUCAUAGAUCAAACCAUGGGGAAUCAUCGUAUCGGUUUUGAUCCCUCUAGUUGCUGA